AGAAAACCGACAUCAUCGUCAUGGGGAAUGCAGGAAGCAUCGUCGCUGGAGGCAAUGGCGCCGUGGCGAGGAGAUCAACGGCAGGCGGAUAUCAACCGCCGCUUCUUUAUGGAGAUCCGAGCACGUCGGCGUCGGCGAACGUUGCACCAACGCAAUACACCCAUGCGCAAAUGCAGGCAUUGUACAUGAACCGCGGCCGCGCCGACAUGGGGUUCAUUCAAAACCAGAUCCACAAUGUGUUCCAAGCUGCCCCGGAGAUGCAAGAAACCACAACGGUGCGCAAUGACGUGAACUUGAAGAAGCAAUCGCUCAAGCUGGUCGCUCUGGACCCCGCCACCGCCCGGUUGGAGUUUCUCUUUGAUGCGGGGAAGCCGUGCACGGUGUCGUUGUACUUCAACGCCAUUGAAACCAUCGACGAAGCUGGGAACUCUACAUUCACGAGCCAAAAGUAUCUUGAGCAGGCCAACAACGCCGGAGCGUAUCCCGCGGCCUUGGGUCAAUCGUAUGUGUCGGCUCCGUUGACCUUGUCCGACUGGACUCCCGCCGAGCUCGUGCACGACGGAAAAAGCAGCGCCUUUCCUCUCGUCGUGGAGAUCACAGUGAUCCGCGACGCUUCUGCCGCAACGAAGACUCAGAAACAAGCGACGUUUGUCACGUUCUCGACGGAUGGACGCAAGGUGCAAGUGAUCAAGCAAAAGGUCGAAGUCCAAGGGCAAACAUACGAGCUGCAGGAGAUCUACGGCAUGGAAGGCGCGGCGUGCUGUGCGGCGACCGCCGCGAAGGAAGGAACAGCCGCGCUCCCUGCGCCGUCAGCAGCGACGGACGCCGCCGGGGUCACGGAAGGGUCCGAGUGCAUCAUUUGCAUGUGCGAGCCUCGCAACACGACCAUCUUACCAUGCCGGCACAUGUGCAUUUGCCUCGACUGUUCAGAGCAGUUGAAACGCCCUGGAAGCACCUGCCCCAUCUGUCGCGGCAAGGUCGAGAGUAUGCUGCAGAUCCGCGUUCAUCAUGCCAGUCACCCACACGUGACCGAGUGACGUAAAGUGUGUACUGUAUUGUACUAAGUGUCUAUCUAUUGUGUCCGACGUAGUAGCGGUUAUGUCUGGUACACCGUUCGUUCCUAUUCGAAACCAUGUCAGUAGACCAAGGAUCAAAUGACGUACGAGUUUAUCAGGCCCUGGCGGCGACUGCUUUUUCGCCACGGCGCUGCCCUCCGACGAGUAAUAGUACCGAGAUGGCGGCACGGCGUAGAAAGAUGACGAGGAGGAUGGUAGCUUGGGGGGCGAUACGUGGGGGUACUCGUUGAAACUAAAGUGGCGACUUCGCAGCGUUCUGUUGGCCGACGGAAGGGGCGGCGGCGCGUCCUUGAACGACGUCAUCUCAAAGUUGGAUCUGGCGGCGGCGUUGUUGCUGGUGGACUGGUGGGGGGGGAAGGAGGGCUUGAUGGGGGAAUUGUUAGAGCAUUGUUUGGAGGCGGUGGGACUGUGCGGUUGGGUCGGACUGUCGCACGGACUCGAAUUGUUGGGCGAGAGCGUCGAUAGUGAGCGGGAGAGCAUCUCAACCCUAAUGUACAGUACGCCUCUCGUGAGCAGCCAACAAAAACGGGGGAAAUCGUACGUUCUAUAUUUUCAAAUUCGAUUCGAAAUUCAAGGGAGGUGCUCAAUCGAAUGAGAGCUUAAUAGCCAAAUCACAACACGAAUCA